AACUUAUUAUUAUAAUCUGAAAGCUGUGGUCUCCAGAGACAGUCUCUGCAGUCAUUUAUCAAGAGAACAAAGAACCCUGCAUCCAAAUGUCCGAUGAUUUUGGGUUAUCAAGUCCUAAUCUUAUUCAAACUGAAUAUAGGCCACUUGAAGUGCUUGAAAAAGAAAUUUAUACUCAAGCAGAACAAGCAUCUAUAUCCAAAAUAAAUGUACCUGAAGAGCGGAAUCUAGUUUCCAUAGACCUUGGGCAUGAUAUAAACAAAGGAAAAGAAGCAGACAUGGGAUUUGGAGGUGCACAUCAUGAGCUCCCAUGCAGCCUCUCUCCAGAAAUAGACUUCCCACUAAAGAAUAAGCCUGAUUCAAAUUCUGCGUCAUUGUUUGAGCUCCUCGGCAGAUAUGAAAAAAGGGGUAAGAAUUUGGCAGAUGAACAUUGCAAUCCAAGCAGCGAGAUUACCACAAGUAGCCGGAAGCUGUCAACAGAAGAAAUCAUAAGGGUGGCUGCAGAAAGAUACAUCGAGUUCCCUGGCAAAGAUCUUGACUGUGUCACCACUUUUAUCCACCCAUAUGGUUCUGCCUUGUCAAGUCUGUCACUGGAAGAAACAAGAGGCGCAGACCUAGCACACCUUCUAUUAGCUGCAGCUGAUAAAAUUUGGGAUGGGAAAAUUGAUUCUGCAAGGAGAUUGCUUAUGCGGUGUGAGUGCAAGGCCUCUAAAUCAGGCAAUCCAGUUGAAAGACUAGCAUCAUAUUUUUCAGAAGCUCUGCAAGAAAGAAUCUUCAGAGAAACAGGAAGCAGAAGAAUUAAGAUGGUGAGUUACGAGGCUAGAACCCCCAAUAAUGGCCUCUCAACAGGUGUUGACAAGACAGUUUUGGCAACCCAUGAUGACAUUCCAUUUAGUAAGGUGAUGCAAUUUGCAACAACGCAAACAAUUUUAGAUCAUGUCGCAAUGGAAACCAAUAUACACAUCAUUGAUCUUCAUAUUAGGAGUGGAAUUCACUGGCCACCGAUGAUACAAGCCCUUUCAGAGCGGAAAGCUCAUCCAAUUCAGCACCUUAAGAUAACUGCUCUCGAUACAGAAGAUAAGCAAAAGGUUGAGGAUAUCUGCAAGAGGCUAGAAAGCUUUGCCAACCCACUGAACAUCGCUUUUUCAUUCAAUGUGGUGACUGUAGAUGACAUUCGUGACCUAAAGAAAGAACUAUUUGGUAUUCAAGCUGGUGAAGCGGUGGUUAUCUAUGCACCAACAAUACUAAGGACAAUGAUCCCAUGGCCUGAUAAACUGGAAACUCUAAUGAGGGUAAUUGGAGAUAUUCGUCCCCUACUUAUGAUCGUACAAGAAGUAGAUGCAAACGACAACUCACCUUCAUUUAUCAAUCGCUUUGUUGAGGCACUUUUCUUUUAUAGUACAUGGUUUGACUGCUUGGAAGAUUGCCUGGACCGCAGUAAUCAGUACAGGAUGACUCUUGAGAACAAUUAUUUUGGCAGAGGAAUUAUAAACUGUAUUUCAACUGAGGGAGAAGAAAGGAUCACAAGAAGUGUGAAGAUCGACGUGUGGAGAUCAUACUUUGCAAGGUUUCAAAUGGUGGAAGUUGAAGUCCCAAAAUCAUCUCUUCGUCAAGCAGAAAUGGUUCUUAAGAAGGAAUUUCCUUGUGCAAGGUUCUGCACUCUGAAUAAUGACGGCAAGUGUCUAAUAAUCAGAUGGAAAGGAACACCGAUGUUUUCACUUUCGACCUGGAAGUUUCAAGAAGCUCCAUUAUACGUUGAAUUGUUUGAUUAAGACAUACCAAUUGCUCUCCCCCGUUUCUCAGGGUAUGCUAUACACCUAUAUUCAUUUGUUUACUGUCUGCAUUUUCUUUUUCCUGUUAAAUUGAUUUCAUGUUUCUACCAUUAUGAGCCAUGCAGAGAAACACUAUAUUCUCUUUUAAGUUUUUACCUAGUUCACUGUCUGCCAAAUCCAAAAUUAUAGGGCACUCAGAAUUUGUGGUCAUAACACGAAUUGUUAUACAAGAUCUAAGCCCCUCAUACUUGAAUCAGCUGAUUAGGUUUCUCUCCGGCCACCGGAUCACAAAAGAAUCGAGUCA